AUGAGUAAUCAGUUUCAGAUAAAUUCACCGACAAUUCGAGAAGAGAUCCCUGAAGAAAUGGGCUUACUUGGGAAUUGUCUUCUGAUACCACCGAAUUCCGAGGUUAAAGAAAAAAAGGACUCCACAAAGAAUCGAGGAGUUAGAGAAACGAAUGAGGAUCAUGAAGCCAGGAAGAAGGUUUAUGAUGAAGUUAGGGAUCAACUCCCAAAAGAGGUUGCGAAAUAUACACUCUGA